AUUCAGGCAACAAGCUCGACAUGUAUUCUGCUCAAUAUUAUCGUCUGUACGGAUUCAAUAAUGCUCAUCGAAUUAUCGGCGCCAUCAAUCAAGGCUCUGCCUCAUGCACUACGUGCCUAUCUCGGGCAUCGAUUGAUGCCACGCAGCAUGCGGUGCGCUGCUUGUCUCGAGCUAGCAUACGAUGUCCCCAGCAGGUCAACUCGUUCGUGUGGCAGUCGGUGCAGCGGGCCUGGCUGGCGAUCUAGGCGUACCCUACAUUGGAGCAGUGGCAGGCACAAUAGAAGGGAUUCAAAACUGUUGCGAGAAAGUGUCCGUACACAAGAAAGACAGUCAAACAUUGUCUCGAAAGAUUAUGACACUUAUUGAAGUUCUGCGCGCGAAUUCUGACAACGCAGAGGCUGAGGAACUGCGCGCGGUUGCUGAUGAGAUGACUCUAACGUUGGAAAGCAUUCACAAUCGAGUCAGCAAAUGGGCUCAAUACAAUCGCGUCGAAGCAUUCUGCAGAGACGGAGAAAUCGGCGAUGGUCUUCGAAAGUGCAAUGCCGAGAUCGACAGCCUGAUCACGAAGUUUCAAGUGACCACUGCAUUCAGUGUGUCCAAUUUGCAGAUCAAGCUGAUGGAAAUCGUGAAGAUGAAUCACGAAGAAUUGAAAGAGUUCAGGACAAGCCACAAAGAAGAGAUGCGACAGUUCACAAUGCACUUCCUGAAGAGCAAGCAGCAGUUGGAAGAGGCUGCGGCUUUACAGCGAGAAGGGCGCCCUGUAGCAGAACGAAUGAUGGAACAGGGUCAACUGUUGUUGCAAGAAAGCGGACCCUCUGUCGGGUCGAAUCAAUCCAGGGCUCAUUCUCUGACAAAUGUGGAAUACACAGCUUGUCAGCAAGGGCUGGUUACGCUCCAGCGCCUUGCAGACAUCCUGCCAACUCUGAAAGACUUGAGUGGACAGGUGACAAAAGUCGGUGACUUGCCCGUAAACAAAGGUGGCCAUACCCAGGUGUGGGAAGGACUUUUGUUUGGAGAUAUCGCGGUUGCUUUGAAGGCUUUGCAAGGUGUUGAGGCCACACCCGGAGCCAAGGCUCGAUUCGAAAAUGAGAUUGUAACGUGGUCGAAAUUGAAGCACCCUAACAUUCUUCCACUCUAUGGCAUCGUGUCCGAUUUAGGUCCCUUUUUGCAUACAGUCUCACCUUGGCGUAGACAAGGGGAUGUCAGAGAUUAUACCAGAGCCAAUCCCGAGGCCAAUAAAUCACGUCUCCUUCAUGGUGCCGCGAAGGGCCUAGCGUAUCUUGACGCUCAAGGAAUAAUUCAUGGAAAUGUUCGAUGUGCCAACAUGCUAGUUACUGACGAGGGAGAUGCAUGCAUAUGCGAUUUCGGAAUGUCCCAGGUAAUUGGGGAGAUCACCCAGACACCCUUUUCGGCGACUGCGACAAGGACAGGGUCGACGCGAUGGCUAGCGCCGGAACUCGUGUUCGACACCAAGAUGCUUGGGCCAAACGACAAGUGCGACGUGUGGUCGUUCGGCAUGUCCAUGCUCGAAUGCUACGGAUCGCGCGACCCAUUCGCAGAGCACAAGCGCGAUGCACACGUCAUCAGAGCUCUCGACGCCAAAACACAUCCAGUCAGGCCGCAGAAUUUGCCGGAGCCGAGCGAUGCGCUUUGGAAGAUCAUGACGAACUGCUGGGCAUGGGAGCCUCAUGAUCGUUUGACAAUGAGGGAGGUGGUCUCGCAGAUGCAAGAGAUUAUGCCGCAAUUGCAUUGACGAUCAUGAUAGCUAUGUUCUACAACCGUUCCGGGACAUUGUCAAGGAUACGAUCUAGUAGCCCUGCUGACAGGCUGUAUGUAUGAGCUGGUUUAGUUGGAUAGCAAUGUAGAUGAGGAGCUCCUAGGAAGGAGGAAGCAGUCUAGUGUUUCAUGCACGCAAUCAUCUCGUUUCCCGAUAUUGCAGG